AUGGCAUUUAGUAAUUUAUUUCGUCGUUAUUCAACUACAAAUGAUGUACAAACGGCUAGUUAUGCAUAUAUGGAAGGAAAUUCUAUAGCGGAAACUUUAUUAGAAGAAUUGGAAAGUCAAUGUCGAAAUUCUUUAACAUUAGGAUCAUCACAAAAUAAACGAGAUUCUGAUACGUUAAGUAGUUCAGUUAAUGGUUCACUUUUAUCCACACAUCAUUUAUCCACUGGUGCCACGUCAUCCCAACGACAUUCAUCGGUAGAUUAUUCAUGGUUAUCACCAAGUAAUAAUUUAUUACAAUCGACAAAUGAGUUGUAUCAUUUAUCUGAUAUAAUUAAAAUGGAAUUAUGUGAAUUAAUACUUAAUGUACUAGCCGAAGAUUGCACAUUAAUUAUCACUCAAUUUCGACGUAAUAUACGUGCUCAAACAAAACUAUCAACACCAGAAAAUAUUAUAGCUUUAUUUCGUAAGACAAUAUCUGAUUACAUUGAUCAAAAACCAAGAAGUCGCUCAAAUACAAACAGUAUCAAUGAUACAAUAAAUUCAAAUAUAAAAUCAAAUAAUAAAUGUUCAUCAAAUAUAUAUUCAUUAGUACGAAAUAAUCGUAUUAAUCCUAAAUGUCAACUUGAUGAUGAACAACAUUGUAUUGCUGAACUUGCAGAAAUUUCAAUAACAUCAUCAUCUAAUGAAGGAACAGAAAACAAUCAUCAUCGUUCAUUUGCUCAUACAUAA